CAUAUAUCACAAACCCUAAAUUCCUAAUGGCAACUCAAAAAACCCUAACUCUCCUCCUCCUCACAUUAGCAGCACUAUCCAUCACCUCCAAUGCCGGCAUUGGCAGCAUCGUCGUCUACUGGGGUCAAAACGGCUAUGAAGGCUCUCUGGCAGAGGCAUGCUCGACAGGAAACUAUGACAUAGUGGUUCUGGCUUUCCUUUACCAGUUCGGCAACUUCCAGACUCCGGGCCUCAACCUUGCAGGACACUGUGACCCUACCAGCUCUAGUGGUUGUACUAGUAUUAGCAACGAUAUCAAGGCUUGCCAAAGGAAACAUAUCAAGGUGUUUCUCUCUCUGGGUGGAGCUAGCGGCAGCUACACUCUUGUAUCAAAUAAAGAUGCUCAGGAGGUGGCUGACUACCUUUGGAACAACUUCCUCGGAGGGUCAUCGUCUUCCCGGCCUCUCGGAGAUGCUGUAUUAGACGGUAUUGAUUUUGAUAUCGAAAGUGGAACUAAUGAACACUGGGAAGAGCUCGCUCAGAUGCUCUACGAGUACAGUAAACAUGGAAAGAAGACAGGGUUCUUCAUUAAUGCAAUAGCUGACUUGUUGUCAACAAAUAGCUUCACCACUCCUAGUUCUCCUCCAGUCAAUUCUCCCACCAAACUUCUAAGCCAUAGUGCAUGGCAUGCCGCUACUGUUGCCGCCAUGAAUUCAGCCUCGUACAAUGAAAGAGCAACUGUCUUCAAUUUCUCACCAUCCUUUGAGCUGCUAGCGCUUGCUAUCGGGGUUGGAGAAAAACUCAGUGCAGGCGUCGACGAUGGUAUAACCUGUAUUGGAGUAGCUGCUUCUGCCAUCCUCGAUCUCACCAUAUUCACAGGUUCUGUUGGUGUUCUGUCCCCAGUUAGUGGUGAUAGUUCGCGUGUCGGUUCAACCACUGGUCUACUGACAAAUGACACUAAGCUGCUUCCCGUCGAAGUGUCGAGGAUCUCUUCCUCUAUAAUGAUCUCAGUUGCUUCUGUAGCUUCCCCGCCUGCAUUCCACUUCCACACUAAAUUUUCUUCAAAUUUAACAUCUCGACUUACAAUGAUACAACUGAACACCCGGAGAUGUCCGAGAUGUGGCUUCCUGCCGUUCCAAGCUUCAAAUGGAGUUCGAUUACCCAUUGCUUUUGUUGGUAGUCGGUUUAGCAGAUACACUGCAUGCCGCACCGCCUCUCCCCAGAAUUUCCCAGGGACAUUCAUGCUUUUAAGUAAUGACCUUGCCAUUGCCAUUACUGUUAUGUUUCUCCGCUCCACCACACCAUUCUGCUGUGUUGAAACACUGAAUGUAGCUCUUGUCACGUCCCCUGCCGCUAGAGCCACUAAAGCCAUCCUUUCCUGGCACACUCUCGCGGCUACCGCGUCCUCUGCCUUUACCACGCCCACGGUUACCCCGACUGUCUCAGGUGACUUCCCUCUUCCCAAGGAAUCACCUGACUGCAUCUUCUGCCGCGCCUCCCAUUCCGCUCGACAAUUCUUUGUGGAGUUGCCGGCGUCACCAGCUGCCGCCGGAAGUGGGUACUUGCCACCCAACAAGCUUGUCUUUGACGUGCUCCCUAACAUCAAGAAAUUGGACAAAUACGGGGGUGUAAUGCUUUGGAGUCGUUAUUAUGAUCUUGUGAGCCAGUAUAGCUCUCAAAUUAGGCAUGUUAUUUUAGACUUGUUAGAAGGGAAUAGCUCAGCUACCAUCACGGCUAGUGCUUGAUCAGUGUUGUAAGGCCUUCACCAUUGUAAUGGUAAAGGGAGUAAUAAUAUAAUAAAGAGCAAGAGUACUUGUUCUACUAGUUUUAUU